AAGAUGGCGUUGUCUGAUCGUAGAGUUGGAGAUAUGUUGUUGGUUUUGUAGGUAUGGGUGGUGGAUAGUGACCCCGGGGACAGCUGGAGCCGUCAGGCACCGCAAGGCAAUAGAAUAGUAAGUGAAAUAAUACAGCAAGAAUAAAACAAGACAAGAUCAGCAGUUGCUGGGGAGCCCCAAUUACAGUGAGGAUUUGGAGAGCCUUUCCUGGCAAUUGGGAGGUCCACAGUGCAUCUGCUCAUAGGUUCUAAAUGGCUUCUAAGAAGUUGGCAUCUGACUCUCAUGGGCCUUUGAGUUAUCUUGAUGAUGUCCCAUUUAAGAUAGGAGACAAAUUCAAAACCCCAGCGAAGGUUGGAUUACCCAUUGGUUUCUGCCUGCCUGAUUCUUUUCAGCUCAUUAGAGAAGCACAGUAUGACUUCUCGCUGGAAAAGCAAACAAUUGAGUGGGCUGAAGAUAUCAACAAAACUGAAGCUGCCCAGAGAGAAGCUGAACAUAAGGCAGAAGAAGCACUAGUGAACUCAAAAGCAGCUUCAGAGGUUAGCAACAAAAUGGGGCUUUCAGAGGUACCUUGCCCUGAGGCCAUGCCUCCUCCUAUUAACCCCAUCCUCGCUAGCCUGCGGCACAAUAAUAUUCUUACUCCCACGCCAGCCAACAGCAGUGCUGUGAAGCAAAAGGCUCUCAGUCCACCUUGUCCAAAAGCAGACUUCAACCUGGCUGAUUUUGAAUGUGAAGAAGAUCCAUUUGACAAACUGGAAUUAAAAACUAUCAAUGAUAAAGAGGAAUUAAAAAAUAUUCUUGAAAUUCAUGUUGGUACUACCAGGCCAGUUGUUGCCCAGCUGUUAGAUAAUACUUUGCCCAAAGGAGGGUCUGGGUCUGUGUUGCAAGAUGAGGAAGUUCUGGCAUCCAUAGAAAGGGCCACGUUGGACUUCAAGCCCCUUCACAAACCCAAUGGCUUUAUCACUUUACCGCAGUUGGGAAACUGUGAAAAGAUGUCCUUGUCUUCCAAAGUAUCCCUGUCCCCUAUUGCUUCAGUGAGUAAUAUCAAAUCCCUGUCCUUUCCUAAACUUGACUCCGAUGAGAGUGAUCAGAAAUCAUCAAAGCUCACAAGUGCUUUCCACAGUACUACCUGUCUCCACAAUGGCACUUUCCUCAGCUCUUUGCAGACUUGUGCUCAGAGUAAAGUGAGUGAACUGAAUGGACACCAUAUGGUUGGUCUUUCCGCUCUAAAUGAGGACAGCGACAUAGAGACAUCAACAUUACCCUCUUCAUCCAGGCUGCCUUCCCUGGCUGUGUCAACAGUUUGUACAGAAGAAGAAUCAUCUCAAAGCACAGUGACUACGGUACACCUAGACUACAAGGAAAGAGAAAUCCCUGUGGUAACGCAUCAAGAUUUCCCAGUGUCUAAAGUGCCCAAUAACCCUAGCUGCACAAAGUGGUCGGGUGGCCCUGCUUCUGAACUACAGCAGGUCCUCUCUGCUAGUGAGAAGCAGUGCGUAGAGAUGGUUGUCAACAUGGGGUACUCGCCUGAGAAUGUUCUGAAAGCCAUGAAGAAGGGACAGAACAUAGACCAGGUUUUGGAUUACCUGUUAGCACAUGGACAGCUUUGUGAGAAGGGCUUUGAUCCACUUCUUGUUGAAGCAGCUUUGGAGAUGCGCCAGUGCUCAGAGGAGAAGCUUGGUCAGACUGCCUAGACUGCCCAACCUCUACUGGAAUUCCACCUAUGUAGAGACUGGAAUGGUUUCUUCCCCUCGCUGUUGCACUGGAGUUGGACAGAAUACUAAGUUGGCUCUGAAACUAGGAUGCUUUGGUUCUUUGAAGCUGCUUUCAUGGUAUCUGCUUGUACUGAAUUACUUGACUGUGUCGUAGUCCAGAUCAACUGGUUAAAUUUGACCUUUAGUGCAAUGGAGUUUUAUUUUUUUGGUUUAAAGUUAGUCUGUAACUUAGUAAAAUACUGGUUCAGAAACUGUUGCUAUGCAUAAAGAGAGAAACUGUUCCUCUUAGGCUUUCUUGGUUGUGUGGUUUUUUUUUUUUUUUUUUUUACCCAUGCAUCCAACAACACUUCUGCCAGACAUGAGCAUCCAAUGCUGAAUGGUGUGCAAGUUCUCUUAAAACAGGUAAACUUUGAACUCUACCUGGACCUGCAACUUGUGUUGGUUCUUGAACCUGAAGGCAGAGAUGGAGCUCAGUAUUCUUAAUCCUCCAGGUUUGUAGGAUAUUUAAGACAAUGCCCUGCUAGGAAAUCUGUUAUCUUUUUGUUUUAAAUAAUAUUGUGUGAUGCAGGAGGCUUCUUUCAAGUGCUUUCUUUAGAACAAAUAUACUCACUGCAUUAUUUCCAUUUCUCACACUGUUAUAAAAUUACAUAAUAACAUCUAGUACUAGAAAUCAGGUUUGGGGUUGUUUUUGAUACUUUAUGUUGUACAUUGUUCAAGUUCUAAAUAAAAUAUCAGUAGUCUCGAGGAAUCUUUAAUUUGCUAAAUAUUUUGAUUCUGCAGAAGAACAACUAAUAAAACCCUUAAAUACAACUCCCAGUGUCAUGGUUCCCAUAUCAUGCUCUGGCUUCAGCAGAUGAAGAACUUGCUGAAUCCUGCCUGCCCAAGUGGUGCUUGUUCCUGUAGGCAUGCAUGAACACUGUGUUGGGCAGAACAACCAGAGGCUUCCAGGCAGAUGGCUGCAGUGGUAGAAUGUGCUGCUUUUUUCUGUGGCUUGCUUUUGUUGCAAAAAACAAGCUUAGAGAUCCAAACUCAUUGUUACAGGAUGGAGCUGGGAGCAUUGGACUUCAGGAGGGGAAAACAACUCCGGUGGUUGCCUCAGUUCAGGUUUUUCAUAAGAGGUUUUAGCUUAUCAGGACCCCAAAGGAGAUGGCAUUUCUCUCUAUUAUGUUGUUAACUUUAUAUGACCUUUUAAAACAUUUGGGUUCAGCGUUCCUAGAAUUCUCUGUGAGGUGCUUGACUGUUAAUUAUAUACCUUUACUUAAAACAAAAUGAUGCUGAGGAGAGAUGUAGCUGGUAAGUAUCUAGGAAAUGUAGAGAUGGAUGAGUAGGACCAGGGCAGAUUGUCUUGCACUGUAUCCUGUAGCAUUGAGCUUCACUAGCUUAUAGUGGUGGGGCUGAAAUGAAUUGUCUUAAGAAUGACACUCAGCAACUGCUGUCUCUGUAGGUGUAGGUAAAUCAGUUGCCCAGCUUGCUUUCCCAGGUGAGAAAUGUGACAGUCUGAAAUGAAGUUCCUGAUUAGUCAGAAAAGCUGGAAAGCAAAACUCAAACUGCUUUACUGUCACUGCUGAGAGCAUUUGGUUGUGUUGCUUGUUUUGGUUUUUAUCAGGAUUAAUAUCCAAACAAGUCUGUCUGGUCUGAGACAGUCCUGAAGGGGCAAGAAGUCUUGCCAGUGAAGAAACAACUAUUUAGACCAAACCUCUGAAUAAAAUAAUCUCUUUAGUUGUGUUACUGUGUGUUAAGUUUUUUCAGUCUCCCCACUACAGUAACAACUUCUGCUCCCACCUCUACAGCAGUCUCCAUAAGCAGAGAGGUGAAGAUGGGGAAGCGAUACCUGUAAAGUUGGUCUCCUCCUUCCAAAGAGACAUACCUGUCUGUGUCUUCCCUGGUAACACUGCUCUUGUUUCAUCAGUGAGGUUUCUGGAUUUACAUCUGUAUUGGGUUUGCAUGGCCAGGUUUUGGUAGCAGAGGGACUAUAAGUGUAGCUUCUGUGAGAAGAUGCCAGAAGUUUCCCCCAUGUUUGAUAAAGCCAGCACCAGCUGUCUCCAAGAUGGACCUGCUGCUGGCUGAAGCUGAGCCCGUUGGUGAUGGUGGUAGGCUCUCUGUGAUAUCAUAUUAAGAAGGGGAGAAAAACCGCUGUGGAACAGCAGCCAGAAGAGAGGAGUUGAGAAUAUGUGAGAGAAAUAACUGCAGACACCAAGGUCAGUGAAGAAGGAGGGGGGAGGAGGUGCACUAGGGGCUGGAGCAGAGAUUCCCUUGCAGCCUGUGGUGAAGACCGUGGGUGAAGCAGGUUGUCCCCCUGCAGCCUGUAGAAGACCCUGAGCCAUAGCAGGUGUAUGCGUCCUGAAGGAAGCUGUGACCCUGUGGAGAGUGGAACCCACACUGGAGCAGGUUUUCUGUCAGGACUUGUGAUUCUGUGGGUGACACAUGCUGGAGCAGUUUGUUCCUGAAGGACUGCACCCUGUGGAAAGGACCCAUGCUGGAGCAGUUUGAAGAGCUGCAGCCUGUGGGAAGGUCCCAUGUUGGAGAAGUUUGUGGAGGACUGUCUCCCAUAGGUGGGACCCCAUGCUGGAGCGGGGGAAGAGUGAGGAGGGAGUGGCAGAGACAAUGUUGUGAUGAACUGACUACAGCCCCUGUUCCCCAUCCCCCUGUGUCGCUCAGGGGGAGGAGGUAGAGGAAUUUGGGAGUAAGGUUGAGCCUAGGAAGAAGGAAGGGGUGUUUUAAGAGUUGUUUUCAUUUCUCAUUAUCCUACUCUGAUAAGUAAUAAAUUAAUUUCCUCAGGUUGAGUCUGUUUUACCAGUGAUGGUAAUUGCUGAGUGAUCUCCCUGUCCUUAUCUCAGCUCAUGAGCCUUUCACUGUAUUUUCUCCUUCCUGGCCAGCUGAGGAGUGGAAGUGAUAGAGCAGCUUGGAGAGGAUUAACCUGGUGACUUAGGGGUGAGGCAGUUCUGAAGAAACAUGUAACAAGUGAUACAAUGUGAUGAGAAUUGAAUGUUGUUUUGGGUGCUGUGCAUCACUAGUUACUCUGGUACUGUUGUUCUCUCCUGUCAAGGUAUGAACAAACUUGGCCUGGAUGUGGGAUCCAGGGUCCAGCUGGUGCGAGGCUGGACUCUGCCCUGCUGUUAGCUGGUGAGAUGAUGACUACAUCCCUGGUCAUACUUAAGACCUUAGGGCUUUUCCUUAGGUUCUCAGAUCAGAUUAUGUACCUGGUAUUUGGCACUGCUUUAACUUUUUGUCAGAGGUUGUUCUGCCUCCUUGUGCUAGCUGCUGCCAGAUACUGAGCUUGUGAGGAGAAGUGUAGAGGCAGAGCCAAAACUGGUGGUUGUGCUUUGAGCCAGAGACUCCCUGAGCUGCCUCCAGAUGGUUCUGGACAGCAGCAGCCUGGUAAGGACUCUGAUACUGAAGAGCUGUCAGGCUUCCUACUCUGCUUGCAGAUGGCUGGAGACCUGGUGGGAUGAGAAGUGCUGCUGUGGUUGCUGCCUUGUUUUGAGGGUGACUUCUUUCUGGGAUCCUACAGUCUGUCAGGCAGCAGGAGCUGUGGAUACUCCUGUGCUCUAGGGCUGCAGCAUGGCUCCUGCAGCUGCUUGGUUCUGCUGGAGCGCCCCUGGGCAGCACAGGUUGCUGACCCCAGAAGCCUGUGUUAGCAGCUUUUCUGCACAUGGCCUGUGGCUGGGCAGCUCUCCAUGCUGGGGAGGCUGCUGGCUUUUGGCUGCCUGUGCAGUGUUGUUUUGCUGCUGCCAUAGGCCGUUCAGGUCAGCCACAUGUGGCUGACCUGAAAGCUUCUGAAAUGCCAGCUCUGUCAACAGGCCAGGUGUGAAGGGGAUUUCAUACUGAUUCCCAGCCCCAGUUAAUCUUCUGAAAUCCAACAUUUUUAUGGAUCAUAUUUACAACAAAUUUUACCAGAGUUCUGUAGGAAACUUUAUUUUAAAUAACAUCAAUUAUCCAAAUAAAAUACCAAGUGUUAAUAGUCUUUGUUGUACUUGAAUACAAAAGUGAACCCAUUUUAGUUCUGUAUUUAUUUGAUUGAGAGAGCCUGGCCACAUACAAUCUUAGACUGCUGUAAUGACAAUUUCACAUGUGUUCCUCAAAUUGAAAUGAAAACCAUUCAUAUUGGGUUAAGGUAUUAUUUUUGGGAAAUAAUUGUGAUAGGGGUGUUAUUGAUAUGGAGAAAUAAUGUGAAAUGGGGACAACGGACAUCGAUUGUGAUUGUAUAUGUCUGCCCAAGGAAUGUGGGUAUGGUGACUGGUCAUGGGUGUGGUGUCUGGUCACAUAGGCACACAGCUUUGAGGAGACGCCUGCCCUUCUUCCUCUAACAAAGGGGCUAUUUAUAAAAAGGAUGAGAGACAUUCCAAUGUUAUCUAGAGGAAGGGAGUGCUAAGGCUUCUUGCUGGAGAAGAUCGGAUGGUCACAAGGACAUGAAUCACCUACAAACCUGCAAGACCACCACAUUCCAGGCAAAGGACUGAUAAGCUAAUUAACAUACAAAGCGAGAGUAAGCGGGUUUAGGUAAGGGAUAUGUAUAGGCGUUAAUUGAACAUUCAUUUGUUUUAUUGUAUAAAUGUGAGAUGGUUCGUCACUUUGGGCAUGCACGCUUGUGGAGGAGCGAU